CAAGAAAGCACUUCUUUCCAAUCCAUUCUAUCAAAUAAUAUGUAUAUUUGUUCAUAGCUGGUUACAAAAACUAGUGAGUUGUGUGAACAAGAAGAGAGUGAGAAAUGGAGGAAGAGAGAAGAAAUGGCAAAGUGAUGAGUCAGAAGCAUAUACUAAUGAUUCCAUACCCAAGCCAAGGUCACCUUAACCCUAUGCUCCAAUUCAGCAAACGCUUGAGCACAAAAGGAGUGACAUCCACAUUGGUCAUAACCAAAUUCAUCUCAAAAUCAAUGCAUCUUCACCAACUCUCAUCAUUACCAAGUUCAAUUAAAUUUGAUACCAUCUCAGAUGGCUAUGACCAAGGUGGGUUUUCUCAUGCUGAAUCCAUAAGCUCCUAUGUAUCAACAAUGAAAACCAUAGGUUCAAAAAGCUUGAAAGAACUCAUCAAAAAGUAUAAUGAAUCUUCUCGGCACCCUAUAGAUUGCAUAGUGUAUGAUGGUCUGUUGGCAUGGGUUUUGGAUGUGGCCAAAGAGUUUGGGAUCAUUGGUGUUACUUUUUUCACUCAUAUGUGUGCUGUUGAUUACACAUUCUAUUGUGUCCAUAAUGAAAUUUUGAAGGUACCAGUGACUGAAGUUCCAAUAAAUAUAGAAGGGCUUCCAUUGCUUGAACUCAAAGACACACCUUCUUUUGUUUGCAAUCCUGCUUUCUAUCCAGCUUACUUUGACAUGGUCAUGAAUCAAUUCUCAAAUGUUGAUAAAGCAGAUCUUCUUCUUGUCAAUUCCUUUUACAAGCUAGAGCAUCAGGUGGUGGAUUCCAUGUCAAAGCUAUGUCCGAUGUUGACCAUUGGUCCAACAGUUCCAUACUCUUAUUUAGACAAGGCAAUCCUAAAUGACACAGAAAACAAUUUGAACCUCUUCCAAUUGGAGUUAAUCCAUAGCAAUUGGCUCAAUCAAAAGGCACCAAGAUCAGUCAUUUAUGUCUCAUUUGGAAGCAUGGUAAGCUUCACCUCAGAGCAAAUGGAGGAACUUGCAUUCGGCCUAAUAGCCACAGGUUUCAAUUUCUUGUGGGUCAUCACUUAUUUGGAGAGAGAGAAACUCAAGAAAGAGAUUUUUGAUGAAAUCCACAAAGAUGGAAAGGGUUUAAUUGUGAAUUGGAUACCCCAAUUGGGAGUUUUAUCAAGCAAUGCAAUUGGCUGUUUUCUAACACAUUGUGGAUGGAACUCAACAAUUGAAGCAUUGUGUUUGGGGGUUCCAAUGGUUGCAAUGCCACAGUGGACAGACCAGCCUAUGAAUGCAAAGUUUGUUGAGGAUGUUUGGAAGGUUGGUGUUCGAGUUAAGGUUGACGGGGAUAAUGGUGUGGUGAGAAGAGAAGAGAUUGAGCGUUGUAUAAGGAAAGUGAUGGGAAAUGACGUUGGAAAAGAACUUAGAAAAAAUGCUGAGAAAUGGAGGGAAUUGGCUGUUGAGGCAGUUAGUGAGGGUGGAACUUCAGACAACAACAUCAAUGAGUUUAUGAAUCUUAUUGAGAUGAGAUCCUAAAUUAAAUCAUUGUUCGUGUAAUAUAAUCAGGAAUUUUCAAUGUAUAUAAGUUGUGUUUUGAAUUUAACGAUACAUAAGUAUCUUAUAUAUAAGUUGUUUUGUU